ACUCAAAAUAAAUGUAAACGAAUCAAUUCUCUGAAUAUGAUGUAGUCAGCAUGACUCUAAGAGUGAAGGGAGGAAAUUUUCAGGGUUUUGUAAGCUUUUAAGUGAGUCCCGGAAGAACCAUCAGCAGUUGCAAAUGCUGCACAUUAAUGGCUGCAUCAACUUUUGAUACUUUUAAUAUGAAAAAAUCCUGCAUAUUUUAUUCAAUUCAAUCCCACACACAUGGUGUUCCUUGAAAACACCACAAACCUUAUUUAAAGUAGGAUGUCCAAUUGUUUACUCUGAAAAAUAGAGAGUUGUUUGCUUGAGUCAGAAUAAUGCUGUUUUGCAUAAGGGGAGGAAAAGGUAAAAAAAGAAAGAAAAAAAAAAAAAAGGGACAGAUGGAACUGGUGGGUAUCCCAGAAAGUAGCAGUCCAGAAAUGGCUGUUUCUCCAGUCAGCAAGAGUAAGUACAGGAGAGUUGAUCCUAAGUUCUCAGAGGAUCUUGGUGAUGCUUUAAAUCAUCCUCUUUGGGUGGAGAGGAGUAGAAUCACAAGGAAGUAUGUUCUUGCCUGUGCCAUCUUUGCAUCUUUAAACAACAUUCUUGUUGGCUAUGAUGUUGGUGUCAUGAGUGGAGCAAUCAUAUUUAUACAGGAGGAUUUGAAUAUAACUGGGGUACAGAAAUGGACAUUGGCUUUAGCUGCUCUUGUCUUUCCAAUUGGUGCGGCUACAAUGACCAUUGCACCUUCUUUCCAAAUAUUAAUGAUAGGAAGGCUCUUAGCUGGAGUAGGCAUAGGCUUCAGAGUUAUGAUUGCUCCAGUUUAUAUUGCAGAAAUAUCGCCACUUGUCUCUAGAGGCUUUCUCACCUCUUUCCCUGAGAUUUUCAUAAAUGUAGGAAUCUUGCUUGGUUAUGUCUCAAACUAUGCGUUUUCUGGCUUUUCUGUGCACAUAAACUGGAGGAUAAUGCUGGCUGUGGGGAUUUUGCCUGUAUUCUUCACAGGGUUUGCGCUUUUCUUCAUCCCUGAGUCACCAAGGUGGCUGGUGAUGCAAAACCGAGUUGACAGAGCAAGGUCAGUGCUGUUGACAACAAUUGAAAAUGAGGAAGAAGUUGAAGAGAGAAUCAUGGAAAUACAACGAGCUGCUGGAACAGUUAAUGCAGAUGAGUAUGAAGGGAAAGUUUUAUGGUGUGAACUGUUAAGCCCUUCUAGUUCUGUUUGCCGAAUGCUGGUUGCUGGUCUUGGAAUCCAGUGUUUCCAACAGAUCACAGGAAUAGAUUCAACUGUGUAUUACAGCCCUGAAAUUUUCAAGGAUGCUGGGAUUGAGAGUAACUCCAGUCUCCUUGCUGCAACUGUUGCUGUGGGUGUCACAAAAACUGCCUUUAUAUUGGUUGCUAUAUUUCUUAUUGACAAACUAGGAAGAAAACCUUUGCUCUAUGUGAGCACAAUUGGAAUGACUGUCUGUCUGUUUACCCUGGGCCUUACUCUUGCUUUACUGGGAAAAGGGCAGCUUGCAAUAGCAUUGGCAAUUCUAUGUGUGUGUGGAAAUGUAGCUUUCUUUUCUGUGGGAUUGGAGCCUGUUUGCUGGGUUGUAACAUCCGAAAUCUUCCCCCUGAGGUUGCGUGCUCAAGCAUCUGCUCUUGGAGCAGUGGGUAAUAGUGUGCAGUGGUUUUGUUGCCAUGACUUUCCUGUUCCUCUCACGGGAAAUUACAGUUGGAGGAACGUUCUUUCUUUUUACAGCACUGUCAGCACUUUCUGUUCUCUUUGUUCACACCCUUGUUCCAGAGACUAAAGGAAAAUCCUUGGAGCAGGUUGAGUAGCAGUUUCAAGAUCAACCUGAAUGGCAGGGAAGUGAAUGGAAAUGAGUGAUGCCAAUCGUCACAUAUAUAGUUUUGGAAAGUAUGAAUAAUUGUGCUUAGGAAGCUGUUUAUCAAGAAAAGCUUUUCAGAUUCUUAUGUGAUUUGGCGUGUGGAGUGAAAUGUAAAGGCAUUCUAUCUUAAUGACAGCUUAUAGGCACUGGAAUUGGAUUAUAAAUAGAAUGCCUCUUGUCCUGCACCCUUAAGAGAAGGAAAAGGAAGCAAGAUGGGGCUGGUGGGCACCCAAAAAGUGGGAAUGGAGAAACGGCUGUUUUGCUGGGGAGGAAGAAUAAGUACAGCUACAUGAGAAGGGAUUCUUAGCACUCAGAGGAUUUUGAAAAUGCUUUAAAUCACCUUCAUCAUCAGGUGGCGAGGAGUAGAAACACCAGGAAGUGUUUUCUUGCCUGCGCUGUUUUUGUAUCUCUGAACAAUGUUCUUCUUUCACUAUGUUAUGCUCUUCCUCUCUUCAUCUCCAUGGAAGUAAUAGUAACAUCUUCUUCUGUUAUUGUUAUUGCCCAUCAUUUCUGCA